AUGGCUUCAAGCAGCUCUGCGACUUCUUACAAGCAUCUUUGGCGCAUGCUGUUGCUCGUGGGACUUGCCACGAUUGCCAGUGUGCACGCAGUAGCGGUGAAGCACCUGACGUCGGAUUACAUUAUCGUCGGAGGCGGGAUUUCUGGACUGGUAGUCGCCUCGCGACUUUCAGAGGAUCCAAGCAUCACUGUGACGGUGAUUGAAGCUGGCGAUGAUCCCAGGGGCUCUACCAACGUCAGCGUCCCUGGUUUCGUGACCAGACUGAGCGGAGGCCAAUACGAUUGGAACCUUACCACCACUCCCCAGCAACAUGCGAAGCAGCGCAGCAUCGUAUACCAGCAAGGUUUUGGCCUGGGUGGUGGAAGCAGUGUCAACUUCAUGGCCUACUCGCGUGGUGCUCCAUCCGUCUUCGAUCAGUGGGCUUCUCAGCUCAAUGACACGGCUUGGUCCUGGUCGAACAUGGUCAGAUACUUUGAUAAGUCGGUGCACUUCAACCCGCUAGACACCGACGUUGCUGUUUCUCCAUAUGAUGCAAGCGUUUACGUCAACACGACGGGGCCCGUACAAGUCUCGUAUCCGCACAAUCAAGAGAGAUUUGCAAGCUACUUUGUCGCCGCUUUCCAGAAUAGCACAAACGGUGGACCUUCAUUUCCGCUGAUCGAUUUCAAUGCAGGAAGCUCAAUCGGUGUCGCCUAUCAUACAAUGACGAUUGAUCCUAGCAACAGCACCAGAUCUUCGGCUGCAACAGCCCACAUGCCCUUCCUCGAGAGCCGCAAGAAUGUCCGUAUCCUUACACGAACACGGGCCGACAAGAUUCGCAUUCGCUCCAAAAUGCGAAUCGCCGACGGUGUCUGGGUAACCGACCUUGUUUCCAAGAACAAGGUCUUGUUGAAAGCUCGGCGAGAAGUAAUCUUGGCAGCCGGGGCGGUACAGACACCGAAAUUGCUCAUGCUAUCUGGUAUUGGACCAGCUCGGCACCUGGCAAAGCACGGAAUCAAAACUAUCUUGAACUCGCCCGCCGUAGGAUCGCAUGCAAUUGAUCACGUCUUUCCCGUAUUUACCUACCGGGUUAGAGAUAACAUCACCACCACUGCUCAGUGGCUGAACGAAACCUACCUUGAAGAGCUGCAGAAUGACUACAGGCGCAACAAAGGCGAGCUCACUUCGGAUCUGGGCGGCUCACAAGCUGCCGAGCGAGUGCCCGACCACUUGCUCGAAGCCUGGAAUGCUACGUACCACCAGCAAUUGCCGAAAGACCAAAACCACUUGCAGUACCUGUUUAACACUGCGCUAUUUGCUAACCCAUCCAAUACCGAAAAUCUUGUGACUGUGAUCCCUGUGUUAACCACGCCCGAGUCACGAGGAAGCGUUCGACUCAAUUCAAGCUGUCCCGAAGAGCUUCCUCUGGUGAACCCAAACUAUCUGUCGUCCACUGCGGAUCUCAACAUCUUGCGAUGGGGCUUCAAGAGGCUGCGUGCAGCCAUGCUUUCCGACUCACUAGCCAGCAUUCUCGUGGAUGAAAAUUCGCCUGGUCUCGACAUCCAGACCGACGACCAAAUUGAUGAGGCCAUUUAUCAAUCCUUGGCUACCAUCCACCACAUUUGCGGUACUGCACGCAUGGCAAGCACACGCGAGCAGGGCGUGGUCGACACAAACCUCAACGUGUUCAACGUUGAUGGACUGCGCAUUGUCGAUGCUAGCGUGUUCCCCGAAAUCCCCACCACGCAGAUUCAGUCCGCUGUCUAUGCGGUUGCUGAACGCGCUGCGCAUCUCAUUCGCUCUUCUCAUUAUCAUCAUUGA